AUGUUGACGACUUAUGUUCUUUGCAAUCCUGACGGCGCAAUUGAUGGAUUCUUCAACUCGAACACUACUCAAUGCGAUGAAUUGGCCAUUUCUCGCGCUGGUGGUGUGUCCACUGCUUUGCAGAUGCAAGGAGUGUGCAGUUAUACUGUGACAGCGGGGCCCAACGAGUCCAAGCUCUUCCAGUUCCGAGGUGAGAACUCUAUCAUUGAUAUGGGUAACAUUACCCUUGCCAAAGGAAUUCAUCCCGAAUUUGUGGCUAGCUGCACCAUGGGCGAUUCGCGGCCAUUCUAUAUCUACAAGAUGGAGCAUCUUCCUGGGACUGCGCGCAUAAUGGCACGAGUUCCUCGAUCUGUCCCGACGUCAUGGAACAACGAUCUACGGCCAUGCUCAGAUGAAACCGCGACCUUGCUUAUGGAGUUCCAAUCAAAUUAUGACCUUCUUGCUCGAAAGCUGCCGUAUCGCUUUGCACCAAACCUGGAAAGGGUCCGCAAGGAGCUCCCGUCACUCAUCUCAAAAGCCUUCCCUUUUGUCCUUAGCCACGGUGACGUCAAUCCGAAAACCGGAAAUAUCACAGGGAUUAUCGACUGGGCUGAAUCAAGGAUUCUGCCAUUCGGAUUCGCGCUAUAUGGGCUCGAGAAUCUUUUGGGCCGGACGGAUUCAGAAGUGUGGCACUACUACGAUCGCUACUGCGCACUCGAGAGCCUAUUCUGGCAAACCUUUCGAUAG